GUAUGACUUCUCUCGAUUCCCCGGCUUCCAGCCCAACCCAUCGGCCUCGGCAACUAGUGAAUUUACUCGUCUAGCACGUCAUAUGAAUUGGAGUCCACGCUCGAAGACCUACAAACGCGAGCGUUCCAAUUUCAUGGGAUCCGAGUUCGGUCUCCACUUUGGCACUGAAAGCAAACUUCAGAAUUGGCAAGCUCUGUGUCGAGAGCUGCAAAUAGAUAUACCAAUGGCUUCUAUUACACAGUGUCGGAAGGCACUUGCGCGGGUUCAUGUGAACCUGGUGGACUUGAUCGAUUCGCGCCGCACCGGAACAGCCAUUAAAACAUUCUCGAGCUUAAGCGCUUUGAGAGUAUAUACCCUCGACUCGGGGAAGGUGUUUCCUAAGAAUGCUGCCAAAAGAGAUGGAUUCCUGAAAGAUUUGCUCCGAAGGAUUUGGUGAAUUCUUUGGCUUUUCCGUGUGUCUCUGGUAUCAACUUGGAAACAUAGGAGUGGCUGGCUAUAUUGUGGCACAAAUUUAUACGCUGGGCGGAGAUUUCAGGGUGUAUCUUAAUUCAUGGAGCGUGCUAGACAAGCUAAGGUACUAGUUCCAGUCAACGGGCACGGUUGGAGGUCUACUUUGC